AUUUCUUGGCAAAUUUCCAGCGCUUUAGAGAUGCAAAUGGAUUCUUCGUGAGUUUUUUUUUUUCUUUUUUAGCUGCUAAUUGGGGUACCUCUAUAGACCGGGCCUUAGACACCCCCACCAUUCAAAAACCUUCCAGCUUGUUUUGACCGAUGCCGCAGGGAUUGCCCAGCCACUCCCUGCAGAGCUCGGGCCACUUCCACUUUAUUUAGUUGAUGAUUUCUACUGCGUUCUUGGCCCAUCACUCGGCCACCCCGCUCGCCAGAGCCACGCAAGCGGAUCCACCAAUAGCACCCUCGCUUACGACUGCAUCAAUACCUCCACCACCCAAACGCCUCCCAAGGAAAAGGUCUUUUGUGGAUCAAGCAGAUGUUCAGGAAAUAGCGGUCCACACACUUGCUCCCGUCGCUCCUACACUUGUAACGCGCCCGAUUGUUCCCGGCGAGACCCGUUCAAGACGAAGCAGGCGCUCAACCGACACUACGAGGUGAUACAUCUUGGUGAACGGUUUGACUGCCCGGUUCCUGGAUGCGAGAACGUUGGCGAAAAUGGAAUCAAGAGAUAUGAUAAUCUAGUUGCUCAUAUGAGGAACAAGCAUGGGGUAUCGCCAGCCUGAGCGUCGCAUAGUAACUAGUUAGUUGAUCUGUUGAGCCACACACUGGAUGAUGCUUUUUUGGGAAUCACUUCUUGUGAUAUGGAUCUAUGGUAGUUUUUGUUGUUUUGGCAAUUUCUAUGUGGUGUCAGAUUGGGUUGUGUGCGUAGCUUGAGUUUUAUGUUUAAGUUAUUGUUUUGAGUC